UCUCACUCCAGAAAAUUCCGCACUCCGAAGCUUCAAGAAACCGAUUUUCAUGCCGCAGUCUCGGUAGUUUCAGCUUGUCCCCGUACCUCGUUCUCCGGAACAAAUAAAAAUGGAUGAGCCCCCGACAGGAGAACCCUCGACUUCUGCGUGUGUCCCUUUCCCCGCCGCAUCUAGUCCCCAGUCUCCUCCCUUCAACGUAUGGGAAUUCAGAGUAGGAGGAAUGCGGUGCGGGAAUUGCGCCAGGAAUAUCGAAAGCAAAGUGAAACAAACCUUCACGUCCGAGAUUCUCGCCGUUGAUGUCGAUGUUCGGGCGGGACGCGUCAAAGUUUCCACUUCGGGUGCCUGCUGUCGAAGACCCUCUGCUGCACGCGGUAUCGUAACGCAAGCGCAGAUUGCCGCCGUGAUCGAAAGUCUCGGACUAGACGUGUCGCUCGUGAACGAAGCUGCCCCAACCAACAACUCUUCGUCGUCUGCGACGUCGGCGGAUGUUUCGGCCUCUCCCUCGUCUUGCGCCGCAGCGGACGAGACGGCCAUGCCAGUGCAGCGCGGCGCAGAUGCCACGUACGGAGGCCAAGAAGCGCGUUCCACGGCGCAGCUCCACUAUGCCGAACUCCAGGUCGAAGGGAUGUCCUGCGCGUCUUGCGCGAGACACAUCGAAAAACACGUUCAGAAGCUGCCUGGUGUGACGUCGAUCACCGUCAAUCUGAUCCUAGACUCAGCGACGGUUGAAUAUCGAGCGUCGUGCGACCCUUCGUUCCCGUCACCUACUGUGACAGUCGAGGAGAUUCGCCGCCAAAUAGAAGAUUUGGGCUACCGCGCAAGUGUCACUCUCGACCGCCUCCGUGAUCACCCCGCCACGGCGUCUACUUGGCCACCGAAUCAGGCCCCGCCGUCCGGCGCUCACGGAGACGCGGUCGCGGGAGGGGACAGGAGAGAUCGGGAGACACAGCGGCUUGGCUCCUUGUCUGCUGCUGCCACAUGCGCCCCCCAGGCAGCGACACUGCACCUGUGUCUUCUCCCUCCGCUUCCUUCUCGCGGGAUGUUGUCUUGUCCGCGUCGUCCAGACUUGCAAACGUUCUCUCCGUCUCCACGCGACGCGUCGCUUGCCUCUUCCUCGCUUCUCAGCACCCACACGCAGCCUCUCCUUCACUCUGCCUCAACACAGACCGAGACCCAUGGGGUGUCGUCCUUCCCGCGCCAGGCUUCUUGCGCGCGCGCAGUGUCUCUGACACAGUGUCCCUCCUCGACUUCGUUGUCUUCGGACCCGUCGUGUUCCUCUGACACUUCGGAGCGCGUAGCCGCCUUCGUCAGUUGGUUAGAGAAGCAGUCAGGUGUUGCCUCCGUCACUGCGGCGCCCGACGGCGGCGCGCCGGAGCGUGCAAGACGCAGGACGCAGGUUUUCGUUUCUUCGCUGCGAAGCGCGGCAUGCACAGGUCAGCCUGGUGCCGCUAUUCUGUCGCGCGCGACCUGCCACCCGGCUCCCCUCGCUUCCACCGCUCCUCGAGCUCCCUACGAAUUGAGUGUGGAGCGACGCGAGCUUCAGCUCUCUCUCCCGGGGAUCAAGGUGACCUACUUCCCCGACCAAGUUGGGGCGCGGGAGAUUCUCGAGCGAGCCCGCGAGGCCGGGUGGAAUGUCGAGUGGGACGCGACAGCCAAACAGAAAUUCGGCGACCUCCAGCAGGCGGCGAAAGUAGAAAGCGUACUGUUCAGACAGUUCGUCUCUGCGCUCCUGCCGUCCAUCAUCAUAUUCGCGAUGAUGAUGGUCAUCCCCGUGGACGCCUUCCCCAAAUGGAUGAACCUUCGACUUAUCCCUGGGAUCUCGCUGCGCCUGCUUUUCGUCCUACUCCUGGCGACAGCUGUCAUGUACGGACCGGGCUGGCGCUUCCACCGCGCUGCGUAUGAGGCGACACGCCACCGGAUUGCGGACAUGAACGUUUUGGUCUCCCUGGCGACAAACAUCGCGUUUCUGUAUUCGUUUAUCGCUGUUCUCUUUACGAUCUACGUCUCUGUCGCGGUGCCCCGCGGAGACGAGGUAGCCUCGUUCACUGCCGAUUCGGCGCUCUCGUCCUUGAAUCCUGGGCCUCCCUUCCUUUCCGCCUCCUCUCCCGAACCAGAUUCCCCUCCGUGGGUGUCUUCGCCCUCGCCGGCUGCUGCUGUCCGUGGCGCUGCACUGAAAGCUUCUCCGUCUGUUUUCGAGCGCGUGACGGAAGAAGAAGGAAUGGGGGGAGCACGGAAAGGGCCUGUUGACUCGGUUCGCGAGGUCGGUCUGUCACAGCGAGAUGAAGUGAAGUGGAAUGUCGUACCCCCGAGUUUGCCCUCUCCUUUGCGCCACUUCUUCCCCUUUCCCCGUUACCUCGCUGCUGUCUCCGAUGAGUUCCGCAACGAAGCGACGGGCCUUCGCAUGCGACCGGCACCUGCGAGUAAAGGCCAAGGAACAGACCCGCAGUCGAGUGCUUCACUCCUUCUGACUGGAGAAGAGUUCGCGGAACUCUACGCGUUUUCGGGGCGAGAACCAGACCUGUCGGUCGGCGCUUCGAAGCUGGACACUCCAUUUUCUUCGUUGUCACCGAGGGGGCUUCCUCCCCGUUCUUCAGUCCCCUCGUCCGAGCCGACACCCCUGUCGAGCAGGAACCCACGAUCGGCUGCAUCUGUCUCUUCUGAGACGAGUUUGUCUGCUCCCUCCGAUUCGCCGUUCGAAAACGCCGAACCCAUGGAUCCACCCACGUUUUUCGAAGUGUCUGCUGUGCUCAUUUGCGUCCUGCUUCUCGGAAAACUUUUGGAAGGAAAGGCGAAGAGACGCGCGCUUGUCGCGCUGGACGAACUGUCUGCGGCUCAGCCGGAGUUUGCCAUGGUGGUCCGGAAACAGUUGUCUUCCUUUCGGGCCUCACGAAAUGGCUCCACAACCCACUGCGAGAAGGCGCCCAGGACGGGAGAAGAAGCUGCGAAGCUGCAGCUGGACCUCCAUCGUAGAGAAGAAGCGGCGACCACCGAGGAGACAGAGCGAGACCAAAUCGGGGCACUGGGGCCCCACCCGAAUCAACGGAGCAGCGGAGAUGGCGUGGGCAGAGACAGCGUCACCUCGGAGAAGGCUGCGAGUUGGCAAGACGCCGCGGAUCGCCAAGGGGGAGCGCGACAGUGCAGCGCCCAAAGAUCAGCGGCAGAAUACUUUGACGAAAUCAUACCUGUUGAACUUCUCCAACUAGGCGACGUGGUUCGAGUGCCGCCGGGCGCCACCGUUCCAGCUGAUGGAGAAAAGAUCAAUGAGGAGGAGUCUCUCCUCAGCGAGGCGUUGCUGACAGGCGAGAGCAUGCCUGUCUCCAAAAUGAAGGGGGACACCGUUCUAGGCGGCUCCAUGGUCGUUGGCGGUCACGGCGCGGCGCGUCGCCCUUCGUCUCCGGCACCAGGCGUCGGUCCAGUAGCGGAGCGGGGAGAAGACGCGACGAGAGCAGGACCAGAGGGAGCUUCUUUGCUUCUGGUUCGUGUCCAGAAGCUCGGGACUGCGAGUGUUCUGGGGCAGAUCUUUCAGCUCGUGAAAGAAGCGCAGGGGACGAAGACGAAGACGCAGGAGUUCAUUGACCGCGUUGCCGGGUAUUUCGUUCCCGGCGUCCUCCUCAUAUCCGCCGUUACAGUCGUCGUGUGGCUGGUCCUCCUCUUUGGAGGCAUCGUCACUCCUUCCCUCUCACAUUUCGACGACGAAACUCUUGAAGCCUUUCCCGUUGCUUCACGAAUUCUCUUCGCGCUGCAGUUUGGCAUUGGCGUCCUGUCUAUUGCUUGUCCAUGUGCCCUAGGUCUCGCCGCGCCGACGGCACUGAUGGUGGGCACCGGCGUGGCUGCGCGUCUGGGCAUUCUUGUCAAAAGUGGACAAGCCUUUGAAUUCGCGACCAAGCUGAAGGCGCUUGUUCUCGACAAAACGGGAACAGUCACCAGUGGCGUCUUCGAAGUGCAAGAAGUCGUUCUCCUCAGCUCUUCGUUCGCUCACAUUGCCGCCCUUUCAAACGUUCCAGAUUGGCGCUCAGUGCUGUCCCCCUCGUCUCUCGCUCCUCGUCUCUCCUCCCCCUCUCCUUCCUCUUCUUCCUUUUCCUCCUCUUCUCGGGGAGGUUGCGAGGACUUAUGCGUUGCGGUAGACCGGAACGCAGAUUCACCCUCUUCGCUGUUCCCUUCAGCUUCUACGCUGGGGCUGAGUGUGAGGGACCUGAGCAGCCGUGCGCUACCAGAGGGCGGCAUCGCUUCAAGGAGCGGGGACGUUUCAAAGCUCUCUCGGGACUCCACGGAAGACGCUUCUGAGACGACGGCUGGCGUCGCACGAGGGCACAGGCUGGCGUCUACGUCGCCUCCGACUGAGAAAGAGGAAAUGUCUCUGCAUGCGACAGAGCAGACUUCUUCGGCGAAUGCAUCCACCACGUCGAUGCAGAGCUAUUCUGUCUCCUCGUUUCAGGAGAUGCUCUCCGCGUUCGUGUGGAUAUUAGGUGUGGCAGAAAGAAACAGCGAGCAUCCGGUUGCCGCUUCGCUGAUGGACUUCGUUCGGUCUUGGAAGGACCUCCCUCCCCUCGCCAGCCCCUCCUCGUUCAAGGCUCUCCCUGGGCGAGGCAUUUCGUGUCAGAUAGGCAGAGACCUCGCUGUUGAAGUCACCUCCCUGACGAAUGCCGAGUCCAGCCGAGCUCCACUCCGUUCGUUUGACUGUUCCUCUGUUGGUGCUCCGGCGGCCUCCGGCGCUUCCGAUGGUGCCUCUCCUUCCUCGACUCCCGCCUCGCAGGCAGCUCCUCAAAUGGGUUGUUGCUCCGGCACCCAACGGAGAGAUACAAGAGAGGAGAUUACGGGGGAGGGAGAGAAGGGGAAGCACAGAGGGACAACAGCAGCCGUGGGCAACAGACGAGGAGACAUCGAGGGUGAAGACGCGGGCGAAUGCACAAAUCCUGCAUGCACAUGCAAACCCUGUCGCUGUCGGCUGGGAGGCUUCAACUGUGGGUGUCUCGACUCUCCCGCGGUGGCGAAAAUGACACCUGACUUUUCAGCGUUGAAGGCAUGGGCAGAAAGCCAACAGCGCCUUGGAGCGACUGUCUCACUCGUGGUGGUUAACCAAGUCUGCCUAGGUGCAGUCGCGCUACGAGAUGCCGUUAAGCCGGAAAGCCGAGAAGUAGUUUCUCUCCUACAGUCUCGCUUCGGACUCGAACUGUGGAUGUGCACUGGCGACAGCAUUCGCACGGCCCUGGCGACAGCGGACGAGGUGGGUCUUUCACGCUCUCGCGUUGUCGCUGAGGCUCUGCCCUCGACCAAGGUGGCGGUCCUCGAGAAGCUCCGAAAAGCGGAUGAAGGGCAAACACCCCGGCCCGUUGGCAUGGCUGGGGAUGGCCUCAACGAUGCACCAGCUCUCGCGCAUGCUGAUCUGUCCAUGGCUCUUGGGGCAGGGGCAGAUCUUGCCCUCACAGCGGCGGACGUCGUCAUUCUCAAGUCCAGGAUCUCAGAUAUCGUCGCGUUUCUCGAGCUCUCUCGAGCGGUCCUCUUCACCAUUCGCUUGAGCAUCUUGUGGGCAUGUAUCUUUAACGCUGCUGGCAUCCCUCUCGCUGCUGGAGCUUUCUACAAAUUCAAAGUCUUCGUCCCUCCCACUCUAGCAGGCGCAAUGAUGGCUCUCAGUUCAGUGCUUGUCAUCUCCAAUGCGCUCAUGUUGAGGCGCUUCCGGCCGUCUCUUCUUCCUCGAUCGUCUUCCUCGUCUUCUUCGCAUUGCCGUUUCCUCUCGGCUACUUCCUCGUCUCUGCCUCGCCCAGUCUUCUCCUCUAUCCACUCUUGGUUUUCGGGGUCCCGAGGCCGUCGCGUCUACCCUGCCGGCGCCCAUCCGCCCAGGGAUUCUUUUCUGUGUGCGGCUGCUGCCGACUCCGCAGCGGGCGACACAAACCCGGCGACACUGUGCUCAGGAACCAGAACACGAUUGGGGCUUGCAGCAGAUUUCGCCUCUCUCAGAACCCAAGAUUGCAUGCAUCCGCUUGUCAGUCGAGAACACGCAGACGCUUAACUGCAGAUACAAGGUUGUUCUAUUCAAGAAGGACGCCCCUGCGUAGCCAAGUCAAGAAGUGCAAACGCGCCCAUCACUGCAACUACACUGGCUGUGCCUCUAAUGGCUUAACGUAUUUGGGUUUCAUGUUGCGGUACACUGCGCACAUGGAGACAUUUAGGUGGUUUGGUGCCUGCCAUCUCGGAGACGUUUGCGUCCUCGGUACGGGUUUGCGUAUGCAACGACUUACACCACUGACAUGCGCGUGUAUAGCUAUUUCUGCAUGUGAGUGUGUGCGCAUACGUGCGGGCGAAAUGAACAGUCUGGCAGAGGAGGCCUGCAUGCGUUUAAUUGGUUUACUUUACUCAACACGGUCGGUAAUCGAAUCACGGUUUUGAAGCAGGAUUCACACCGUGGCUUCAGACACACUCUGUUUCUCACGUGUGUGCACGGGAAACAGAGAGCAAGAGAGGGAGUUUUGCAUCUUUUCCGUUUUUCAGCUAUGCUUUUCAAAUGCCUAUGUCUACAUAUAUAUAUAUAUAUAUAUGUAUAUGUAUGUAUAGUUAUGUGCAAAGCUGCAUGUGUAUCUGUAUUAGCUGCGUGUGUGUAUCUGCACGUGCUUGUAUUCGUGUCUUUGCUGACACAUUUGGUUUUUCAAUGUGAGCGGGAUGGUGGUGGUGAUCUUUGUUUCCACCUCGCGCGCCAGCAGCGGAGGAGAGCCGCUGAUUUUUGACUUCUUUUUGGCUCGACCACUGCACGCUUGUGAUUUGCGUUUUGUGUCACGCUUUCUGUUGUUUUUGACCGGAAAGGGAAUGAACUGCCAAAUCCGCUCACCGUGCUUACAUUUCUAGAUCGUGAGGAGACGCGAUAUUUACCCGCCACAGUCUUUGCGGCUGAUCCUCUGUUUUUCAGCCACUAAGCAUUCCUUAACCCUUUUGUUCGGC